AAAAUAAAACAUUACAUUAUUAUUAUAAUGUAACAUUUUAUAUUCUAAUAUAUCAGGACAGAUCUUAAUGAGAUCAUACACGCGCACGCGCACUCACACUCUUCGUGUGUCCUGGUGCUGGGGAGGUUCACGGUAAUUAAGGCAGAGGUGGAGCUCGGCCUGUGAUUGGUGGGAGGGAGGGGUCAUAGCGGAUGAGCGUGUGGUGGGUCACGGCGGGGGUUCGUUUCUCCGCUGCCCUGCACUGCAGAGACAGCGGCUCCGCUGACACAGUGUGACCGGGAACAGCGCCUCCUCUCUCCGCCUCCGCUCUCUCCAUGAAGCCUGGCUGCGCUCCUGCUCCUCCUGACGCUUCUUCUCCGGGACUUUGUUCGCCAUGAGCUGCUUGGAUGUGAUGUACCAGGUGUUUGCUCCUCAGCCGUACUUCACCUCCUACACCUCCUACCACCACCAGAAACUGGCUUUAUAUUCCAAAAUGCAAGACCCCCAGGAGAGCAGCGGCAGCAGACUGGGCCCCCAGGGGCCGCCGGUGAUCAAAGAGGAGGACAAGGACCAGCCACCGGGGGCAGAGUACCUGAGCUCCCGCUGCGUCCUCUUCACUUAUUUCCAGGGCGACAUCAGCGCCGUGGUGGACGAACACUUCAGCCGAGCGCUGAGCCACAGCACGGUGUAUCCUGCACAGAGCAGCCACAAGAGCGUAAGAGAUGGAUCCUUCCCCAUGAGCCAGCGAACCUUCCCCGCUUCCUUCUGGAACAGUUCGUACCAGUCGUCCGUCUCCUCCACCCUGGGCGGGGCCCUCUGCGCCCCCCACACAGACCUCUCCUUCCCCUCCGACCCUUACUCUCCUGCCUCCCUGCACACUCACCUACACCAGCCCAGUCCCGACACCUGGCACCCAUCCCACCAUCACCAACACCACCACCACCACCACCCCUACUCCCUAGGUGGCGCCAUCGGAGCCCAGCCUUCUGCCUACCCUCGCCCCAGUGUUCAUGAAAUGUACAGCACGGCGUUCGACCCCCGGUACAGCUCUCUGCUGGUGCCGUCUGUGAGGCCUCAUCACCGGCUGACCCCAGGGGGGUCCGUGCCCGGGGCCAAUGCGUCCCCCUGUGACAUCGGAGGGAAGGGGGAGUCGGGGUCGGGGUCCAGCUGGAGCGGAGCCUUCACGGGAGCUGGAGCAGAAAUAGGACUGAACGUGGAAACAGGUACGAACAAAAACCUUAACAAGUUCAGUCCAGACGUUGAACUGAACAACAACAGCAUGUACUGCCGUGAUAUACUGUGAUAUACUGUGAUAUACUGUGAUAUACUGUGAUAUACUGCAGUACUAUAGGACAACUGUACAGACAGACAUGAUCAGGUUACUAACACUGGAACAGAGCAGGGAUGUCCGAUAUGAACUUUUUCCCGAUAUUGUCCAAACACAGACUGGUAAUAUUUAUUUAUUUAUUUAUCUGUACAAUCCACUGUAUAAGUCUGAGAUUAAUUAAAUGAGCUGCAAUGCUGCCAUCUAGUGACUUUCACUUUAAUAUACAGUCGUUUAUCCCCAAAACUAUUUUGAAGGCACAGAUCAUUCGUCCAAACUCAGGCAUUGCGUGAUCAGGGUUUUUAUUAUCGGAGGAAAAACUGAUAACGAUUCUUACAGAUAUUACAUAAUGUGCUAAUAUCGGGCCGUUUAUAUCGGUCGGCAUCCCUAGAACAGAGGGAUCUACAUUUGGAAUCACUAGAGAAGAAAGAAAAGAAAAAGAAAAUUAAAUGAACCAACACCAGGAAUAUUGGACUGGGAGUUGGUGAGAAAUAAAAAAAUCAAUAACUGAUAAAGGAUAUUGAUACAGUUCUGUGAAACAUAUUUCAGUGUGUACUGAUAUUUUCCUACAGCCGUAGUUAAAGGUAGAGCUGGGUCAA